AUGUUCUCUCAAAAUACGCGAGCAAGAGAUAGAGCAGGAGCCAGCCAGGAGGAAGCAAAUCAACCUCUCCUCAGCUCGCAAGAUAACACAAUUUUUGCCGUGGACGAUGAUUUCGACGAAGAGAGCAGCGCGCUCAAUGAACCUACACUGAAGCCGGAGCAUGGGGUUCGCUUCCAGGAAGAGGUGCAGGUGAUUGCACCCCCGCUGCGGUCAACGACUUCGAGUAGAGAGGCAGAAUUUGAGGCAGAUACAGAUGAACUAGACGACAGCGAGUUGGCAAGGAUACGGCCAGUGUCCACGAGGCUACGGGAUGACCGCAGAAUGCCCCUCCUUGUCGGUUUGGUCGAAACCUCGGCAGUCAGACGAAGCGUGGAUGCAUCAAUACCAUUGUACAAUGGAAACGGAAAUCACUCGCAGGGCGAACCUAUUGACAUUGACGAAGUAGCAGCGCAGAGAAUUGCUGGUGGCAACAUGGUCGACUCAAUAGCUAACAUGGCCAAUUCUAUCCUCGGCGCAGGACUGCCGUACGCCGUGAGUCAGGCAGGCUUCUUUGUUGGCUUGGUGCUCCUUGUCAUAUUGUGCGGUGUCACGGACUGGACGAUUCGCCUGAUCGUUGUAAACGCCAAACUGAGCGGAAGCAAGUCAUACAUUGAAAUUAUGGACCGUUGCUUUGGCCCCAGCGGCCGCGCAGCUGUUUCAUUCUUUCAAUUUGCAUUUGCAUUCGGAGGCAUGUGUGCAUUUGGCAUCAUCAUAGGCGACACCAUUCCCCAUGUUAUCCGUUCAUUAUUCCCCACCCUGCAUACUGUACCCGUUCUCUGGCUAUUCACGAAUCGACAGUUCGUCAUCGCGUUCUGCACAGUUACCGUGUCAUACCCUCUAUCACUAUACCGCGAUAUCCACAAGCUCUCUCGCGCAUCAGGCUUAGCCCUGGUUGGCAUGCUCAUUAUUGUUGGCGCUGUGCUCGUUGAAGGGCCUCAUGUUCCGGACGACCUAAAAGGCGACCCAUCAAAACGGUUCACUUUCAUCGGCAGCGGAGUAUUCCAGGCCAUUGGGGUGAUCUCCUUUGCAUUCGUCUGCCAUCACAACUCCCUUCUCAUCUACGGUAGUCUGCGAACUCCAACGCUAGAUAGAUUCGCCAAAGUAACCCACAUUUCGACCUUCAUCUCCCUCGUUUCAUGUUGCAUCCUCGCUAUAUCCGCUUAUGUGGUAUUUACGGAUAGAACACAAGGCAAUAUCCUCAAUAAUUUCCCAAGGGACGAUACCAUCAUCAACAUAGCACGGUUCUGCUUUGGCUUGAACAUGUUCACCACUUUACCCCUGGAGUUAUUUGUUUGCCGCGAGGUCGUCGAACAAUACUUUUUUUCUCAUGAAGGAUUCGAUCAACAGAGGCACUUGUUCUUCACCACCACCAUUCUAUGCUCCUCGAUGAUCGUUUCAUUGAUAACGUGCGACUUGGGCGUCAUGCUGGAGAUCACUGGCGGAGUCUCUGCAACGGCGUUGGCUUACAUUUUUCCCGCCGCGUGUUACCUCAAACUUACGGGAUCCAGCGAUCACUGGCUUAGCCGUUCAAAACUUCCAGCCAUCGUGUGUGCGGCCUUUGGCAUUGUCGUCAUGGCUAUUUCUCUCUUCCUUGCUCUCGGCAAGGUCUGGACUCCAGCAGGUAAUGCUAAAAUUUGCAUGUAA